AUGAUCAACCACGCAUCGCACGCUGCCCCAGUGGCACUCUCCACUGUUCGCGGCUUUCAGGUGACGCCAGUGGCAUCUGGGGAUGAAGAUUCCGAUAAUGGCGCCUGUGAUACGCCACGUCUGUCCGUCCGUCGAGGCCGUCCGCGCAUCGACGACGUUGUAAGCGCCAAUUGUAGCCCGAUUUUGCGCGGAACGGCAUCACCAACCGUCUCGGGAAUCGCCAAGCUGCGUUUGCAAAUGGAUCCUCUGAGCCUCGAUGCAGCGUCCCGUUCGUCAUCCUUGUCUCGCAAUGGCCUUCGUCUGGAUUCUCGAAUUGGCUUUGGGCCGACAAGUCGCUCCCAGAGCCGAGAUGGGGCUCGAAGUGAAACGGGCAGUGAGCUGUCUGAUGGUGGGUCGACGAGCUAUGAGGUCAACCUGGAGAACGACUUUGUGAGCGAGAGUGUGCGGGAGAGAUCUUUCAUGGAGCCCCUAGAAGGCGGACUGAACCCGAAACGCAAAAUGACGUCUGAUGACUUUGAGUCGCUUCGAUGCCUUGGCAAAGGAACUUAUGGCACAGUUGUGCUGGUGAAGCAACGGUCAACGGGAAGGCUCUACGCACAGAAACAGUUCAAGAAGGCGUCUUUAGUCGUCCACAAGAAGCUGGUUGAGCAAACUAAGACUGAACGACAGAUUUUGGAGUCCGUGAACCGUCAUCCCUUUGUUGUGAAGCUCUUUUAUGCCUUCCAGGACCAAGAGAAGCUGUAUCUUAUUCUAGAAUACGGCCAGGGCGGAGAGUUGUUCACUCAUCUCAAUACGGAGAAGAUGUUUUCCGAGUCAGUGGCCGCCUUUUACAUGGCCGAAAUGCUUCUGGCUAUUUCCCAUCUCCAUCAGACUCUUGGUGUGAUAUACCGCGAUCUUAAGCCGGAAAAUUGCCUACUUGAUGCGGAUGGCCAUCUUUUGUUGACAGACUUUGGACUGUCAAAGGUUGCGGUCGACCAGUCGGAAGACAGCUGCAACUCCAUCUUGGGUACCGUUGAAUACAUGGCCCCCGAGGUGAUUCAAGGAAAGAAAUACGGCAAAGCCGCAGAUUGGUGGUCAUUUGGGGCUCUCGCAUACGACUUGAUGACGGGUAACCCGCCCUUCCGGGGAGGAAACCAUGCUAAGAUUCAGGAGAACAUAAUCAAGCAAAAGCUCGUACUACCUUAUUACCUUAGCAUGGAUGCCAAAGAUAUUCUCACUAGGCUCCUAAGGAAAGAUCCAGGUAAACGACUGGGUGCUGUGAUGCCCAAGGACCUGCAGACAAUGAAGAACCAUAGAUUCUUCCGUAAGAUUGAUUGGAAGAAGCUGGCAGCACGAGAGGUGGAGCCGCCCAUCCAGCCUAUGAUUACAGACCCUGAACUGGCAGAGAAUUUUGCACCAGAGUUCACUGAACUGUCACUGAGCCCUACAGUGACUUCGAGAGACUUUUGGCCUGGUAGUCCAACCAAGGAUGAUAUGUUUGGUGGAUUUAGCUUUGUGGCCUCAUCGAGCUUGCUCGAGAGCGGAGGUUACUUGACAAGUCGUUCAUAG